UCCCUUUCCUUUCUUCCUCAUCGCAUAGCUUUUCAUUUCUAUUCCAACUUCCUCACCCUUCAUCUCUCUCAGAUUUCCCUCUUCUUCCGGUUACUUCGUUUCUUAGGGUUUCACGCUUUUCUAAUUCCUUUUUAUUGGAAACCAGACAUAACGAUGAUUAAACUGUUUAAAGUCAAGGAGAAGCAGAGAGAGCAAGCAGAAAAUGCAAGCGGAGGACCACCUGUUAAGAAGCAAUCAGCUGGGGAGUUGCGUCUUCACAAAGACAUAAGUGAAUUGAAUCUGCCAACAUCGUGUAUCAUACGAUUUCCCAAUGGCAAAGAUGACCUGAUGAACUUUGAAGUUUCAAUCCAACCUGAUGAUGGCUAUUACAUGGGUGGCACAUUUUUGUUUACUUUCCAAGUGUCUCCCAUCUAUCCACACGAGGCUCCAAAGGUUAAGUGCAAGACAAAGGUCUACCAUCCAAAUAUAGACUUGGAAGGAAAUGUUUGCCUUAACAUCCUGCGAGAAGAUUGGAAACCUGUUCUCAAUAUAAACACAGUCAUCUACGGAUUGUAUCAUCUCUUCACGGAACCAAAUUAUGAGGAUCCCCUGAAUCAUGAAGCUGCUGCGGUCUUGAGAGAGAACCCGAAGUUGUUUGAGUCUAAUGUGAGGAGGGCUAUGGCUGGUGGGUAUGUGGGACAAACCUAUUUCACUCGUUGUAUGUAAUCUUUGCUCCAUAACUUAAAUUCCGCAGUUGGAAUAUUAUAUCAUUGCUUAAAAGGUCCAUGGUUUGUAAAAUUUACUUGCGAAAAUUUCAUUUUCUUUCAAAACGGUUGCUGCUAUUUGUCCUGGAGGAGCACGAUGAUAAGCCCAAACAAAACCAAGCAUAAGAAAGCCAAGCAAUUCGUUACUGUAACUUUUUGUGCUUGCUUUUGUAAUGUGACUUUAUAUUUAAAGUGGACCAAACAAAAUGGAUUCCGUGGUCAAAUUUAUAUAUAAUAUAUAUAUACUUUCUGCUU